AUGGGACGCAGUAGAGAAUUAGCUCAACAGCUUUUGAUCGAGCCCUUCAAUGAAGUGAAGGCACAGAUGGCAAAUGGGACUGCUUCACACUCAUUGGUCGCUGACUUUCUCAGUCAAGCUCACGACGACACUGACGAGGACACCAUGAAGGCUGUUGCGUUGACGGGAUAUUUAGUUGGCAUGGACACAACUGCAUCUGCAUUACAGACAUUUCUGCUGGCCAUGGUGCUCUAUCCUGACGUCCAAGCACGAGCUCGUGCAGAACUUGAUCAAGCUGUGAAACACGAUAGAGUGCCAUGCCUUGAUGACAGGGCGUCAAUGCCCUACCUUGAUGCCAUUCUUCGCGAGGUCCUGAGAUGGUAUCCUGUCGUCCCCCUAGGAAUUCCACAUGUGGCCUCAAAUGAUGAUGUUUACGACGGGUACUUUAUACCAAAAGGUGCGAUGGUAAUGGUUAAUCAGUGGGCACUCUCUCGGGAUGAAGACAUAUUUCCCGAUGCAUCGCGCUUCGACCCAAGUCGCCAUCUGACAGUCGACGGGAAGCUGAAGGAUCCUUUCGUGAACCAUUUUGCCUUUGGUCAUGGCAGGCGUAUUUGUCCUGGCCGUUGGUUCGCAGAGAAUAGCCUGUGGACCGCAGCUGCUGCCAUACUCGCUGUCUUGCGCAUCGAUCAUGCCAAAGACUCGAACGGAAACAAGAUUGAGGUGAAGCCGGAGUUCACCACCGGCUUGGCGAUUCACCCCGAACCAUUUCAGUGUUCGUUUGAGAUUGUGAACGCAGCGAGAGAAAGACACCUCCGAGCGAUGGUGAAUUCGAAUUAGACUUUGUUUGUACUUAAGAUGGUGUGUCAUGUAAUAGUACCACGGCGCAGAGUGCACUGGAUGGCACGGUUUUGCGACCUCUCUCUGAUGAACGAG